UGUUUCUUAUUAACUUUCGCUCUUAAAAUGAAUAUCGAAAUUACUGAUAUAAAUGAUCAAAAUGAAUUAACUUUCGCUCUUAAAAUUAAUACCGAAACUACUGAUAUAAAUGAUCAAAAUGAACAAGAUUGUGAUCCAAAACAAAAAAGAGAAGAUACAGAAACUGCUGAUGAGCGAGAAGUAUAUCUUGAAUAG